GUCCGCAAAUCUAGGCUGUGUGUUCCUAACAUACACAGUACCUACAUAACGAGCCUGGACCCUUUCCUGACAGGAAGAUGCUAAAUCAGUUCCGCCAUCCGCUUGGCUGGAACGGGCAUUGCGUGGCUGACUCACUGCACCACCCCAUGGGGUGUCCCGAGUAUUGUGGUACGACUGUAAAAUCUCUCAACGACGACGAGGGCCUGUGCUCCGGUUAUAUCUCAAAGUGGUGUGACAUCGCCAGUUUCGAUGAGAGCAGACGGGCCUCGAAGGAAUCGAGACUCUGCCAGCGCCUAUUCACAUGUGUCUGUGAGACAAGUCGGGCACCAAUCGCCUCCCUCGGCCCUGACUUCUCACUUCUCUUAACUGGGAACCAGCUCUCCUGCCGUUACCCUCAAUUUCCUCUCAAAAAUUGUCGUUCAACCUUUCCAUUCAUUCCUGUUUUGAUCUUUCCUGCAGUUUUGUGCUCUCUUCUAUCUCUGUUUUGCUCAGAACCUUACCGCGAGCUCAUCGGCUAUCGCUGUUGACCGAACCGCACAUACCUCUUCCAAGAGUCGUCUGUAUACAUCUCUGCAAGCCUCGCCCAUACAACGUAGUUUCCCAGGCGUCCUUUCUGCCGAUCUUCCAAACAUUCCGGCCAAAACACUUCGACACCGCAACGAUGAUAAUCACGCGUGGAGUCUCCUUGACGAAUUUCCUCGUGGCCUCAUCUGCGCUAGGGUUCCAGGUGUUUGUUUUAUAUCCAUGGCAUCUGCGGCUAGACGAUGAUUUUGAAGCUUUGAAGAAGGAACAUUUUCGGGUCUUGCGCACCGUUGAGGGUGCCCUACAGGGUACGCGCAGCGACGAACAAUGGAAGAGUAUUCGAGAGCAGCU